AUGAGGUUGAGACAGGAGGAGGAGACAGGAGGAGGAGAAGACAGCAGGUGGAGACAAGAGGAGGACACAGGAGGUGGAGACAAGAGGAGGAGACAGGUGGUGGAGACAGGAGCAGGAGACAGGAGGAGGAGACAGGAGGAGGACACAGGAGGUGGAGACAGGAGGAGGAGACAGGAGGUGGAGACAGGAGGAGGAGGAGACAGGAGGUGGAGACACGAGGAGGAGACAGGAGGUGGAGACAAGAGGAGGAGACAGGAGGAGGAGACAGGAGGAGGAGACAGGAGGAGACAGGAGGCGGGAACAGGAGGAGAAGGCAGCAGGUGGAGACAGGAGGAGUAG